AUGCAGAGACAGGAGGAGCAUAUAAAGAGUUUACAGGAUCUAAUGUCGCGACAGGCGACAACAGCAGUACCUGGGAGUCAGGAUGUACCUGUAUCUGAGGCGCCGACGAUCGUGCCUCCUAUUCCGCCGACUGUAUCUCCAGUGGUUUCUGGGAUCUCUGAUUCUGACUUGACUGCGACAGAGGCCGGGCGCGUGCGAUUUGUAAAGGUACUCGAGGCAUUUAUGCGAUUUAAUCCGCCUAUAUUUGACGGGAAAGAAGCAGAUUCGUGGGUAUUGGAGACAUGGUUUACAGCGAUGGAGGCAUUAUUUGAGGACAUUUACACUCUGGAAAGGGACAAGGUUCCGUUGGCAGCGCACUGUUUUGAGAAGGAUGCUCAAAUUUGGUGGCAAAAGACCAAGAAGAAGCGGGCAUCAUACCUACCACCGCUUACUUGGGAGGAGUUCCGAGAGAUGUUAUUCAUGGAGUACUUUCCCGACAGCGAUAAAAGGAAAAUGAAAAAAGACUUCCGCAAGUUGAGACAGGAAAACCGUUCGGUACAAGAGUACGAACGGGAGUUUACUCAUUUGGUGAACUGUGUACCUGGUAUGGUUCAUACGGAUCGAGAUCGGGCGGAGUACUUUGAGCGAGGGUUGCGACCUGACAUAUUCAGGACAGUCAAUGCUCUGAAGUUAAAGACAUUUGAGGAGGUCCUGGAUUGA